AUGGCGUCUUCAGACCCUUCCAGGCCCGCAACCGGCUACCCUUUUGUCCCAAACGGCAUCCACCACCCUCCACCGGCAGGCUCUGCCUAUCCUUACCAAGCCCCACCACCACAUCAACCCGCUUACCCUUACACCUACAACACCAACCAAACUUACCCUAACCAACGCGCCAUCUUCCUCCGCCGCUUAAUUAUCGCUCUAAUCAUCUUCACAUGCAUCUUUUUCACCAUUCUCUUCAUUUGCUGGCUAGUCAUCCGACCCCACUUCCCUGAAUUUCGCGUCACCUCUCUCUCUAUCUCCAACUUUAAUGUCUCCUCAUCGUCCUCCAGUGUGACUGGUACCUGGAACGCCAGGUUUCAGGUUUCUAAUCCGAACAAGAAGAUGAAAAUCUCGUACAAUGAGAUACAGACAUCGAUCUUUUAUAAAUCGGAGUUCUUGUCCCGGACGAGGAUUCCCCCGUUCAGACAGGGCAAAAGGAAUGUCACUGAUAUCGAUGUGGAAUAUGGGGCGACGAGUUCUUAUAUCGGCGAGCGGACGGUGAGUCAGAUUAAUUCUGAUGAAGGGCGUGGAUUGGUGAGUUUUAAUUUGAGGAUUGUUGCUGAUGCGGGGUUUAAGGCUGAAGGGUUUUGGGCAAGAAGAAGGUUGCUUAGGGUUUAUUGUAAUGAUGUGGCAGUUGGGAUUUCAGGGAAUGGUCGAUCUGGGAACUUGACUGGUGGUGCCAUGCGAUGUAAUGUGUAUGCCUGA